CAUUUGCAGGCUAUCGCAGAGUAUGCUAUUAUACGAACUGGUCGCUGUAUCGGCAAGGGCUUGGCCAGUACUUCCCCAACAAUACAGACCCUCACCUAUGUACUCACAUCAUCUUCUCCUUCGCCAAACUCGUCAAAGGUGAAUUAGCUUUUUAUGCAGAGGAGGACAAAGACCUGUACAAAGAAAUAAACAACCUGAAGCUGUUUAACCCGAGUCUGAAGACAUUGAUUGCUGUCGGCGGAUGGAACCAGGAAAGUACGGAAUGGUCAGCCAUGGUGUCAAAAACAAACAAAAUGAACAAAUUUAUUGUGAAGUCCAUGUCCUUCUUACGUAAACAUGAGUUUGAUGGAGUCGAUCUGGACUGGGAAUACCCCGCGCUACGUUCUGGCGCCAAUGCUACCACUGACAAACACAACUUCGGAUUACUCUGCAAGAAACUACGCCUAGCGUACGAGCGAGAGGCAAGGGUGACUGGCAAACCACGACUCCUGGUCACGGUGGCAGUAGCGGCUGCGAAGAAAAUCAUCGAUGUUUCCUACGAAGUGCCAACAAUAGCCAGGUAUGUGGAUUUCAUUAACUUGAUGAGUUACGACAUGCACGGCAGCUGGCUAACAUAUACUGGGCACCACUCACAAUUGUUUGCAAAGGGGUUCAACAGCAAUAAUCCAGAAGAAUUAUAUCUCGAUAUCGACUGGGCAGCUCGUUAUUGGGUGCUACUUGGUGCCCCAAGGGAACUGAUCAACAUAGGCCUGUCAUUCUACGGUCGAGGAUUUACUCUGAAAGACCCUGAUAGUAAUGGAAUUGGAGCGCAAUCAAAGGGACCUAACCGACCCGGUCCUUUUACGAGGGAAUCAGGGUAUAUGGCAUACUAUGAGAUCUGUAUGCUGCUAACUCGGGGAGGAGAGACAUACAGGGAUACUGGCGAGCCAUAUUACAUCAACGGCAAUCAAUGGAUCGGAUAUGAUGACGAACAGAGUAUAGCAAACAAGGUUGCCUGGUUGAUACGUGAGGGUUUCGGUGGUGCCAUGAUGUGGGCGCUCCCCUUAGACGACUUUAAUCAGGAAUGUUCUUUGUCAAGUAGGAAAUUCCCACUGGCAAAUAGAGUGAGAGACGAUCUACUAGCUGCUGAGAAGCUAGCAAACAAAGAAUCCUCGCCUACAACUACAGACAAUCAGUGGUCAAUAUUGGGGGAUAUAUUUUGAAGAUAAAUAGAGCACAUAUUCACAAGUCUACGGAGUUUCAGUUAUCAAUUAACGUUCAUUAUUAAUGAACACCAAUCGGAAUGAUGAACUCAACGAAGAGACUAUUUUCGUGACAAAGUUAUGUCCAUUAAAAAUAAAACAUUAUAUACUUUAUAGUUAUGGUCGUAAUCGCACAAAAAACAAAUCAGUAUGUUCCCUUUCUUGGUAUAGUUUUAAAGUUAACCAAAUUUAAUGUUAUGCAAAUUGAAAAACAAAUAAAAUCCAAUG